GGGGGGAAAGGGGGAAAAGGUAAACCCCUUUCAGCAAUAGAUAGCAAAAAAUAAAUACUAAAGAUUGAAGCAGAAGUUAAUCAAAUGGGACUAAAUGAACACAGAACCAACAAAACAAGAAAAUGGUUCUUUGAAAUGAGGAGGACCAAUAUCCUAGGCAAACAAAUCAAAAAAAGAAAAGACCCACAUCAGUAAAAUAGAAAUAAAAAGAGGGAUUUUACAAAAUAGUCCAAUAAAAUCCAGAUGACCAUUAGGGCAGGAGUGGAGUUUGAAGAAGAAUUUCUUGAGACAAGAGAACAGUAUGAGAAGUUGCAAAAGGAUGGGUGCCUGCUUUUUGACCAGGUCCCUUUGGUUGAAAUGGAUGGAAUGCUGCUGACACAGUCUAGAGCCAUCCUCAGCUACCUUGCUGUCAAGUACAACUUGUAUGGGAAGGACCUGAAGGAGAGAGUCAGGAUCGACAUGUAUACUGAUGGCACCCUGGAUCUGAUGAUAAUGAUCGCCUCUGCUCCAUUCAAACCCCCUGAGGAUAAAGAGGAGAACUAUGCUUUAAUCGUGAAGAGAGCUAAAACCUGUUACUUCCCGGUCUUUGAAAAGAUUUUAAAAGACCACGGGGAAGCUUUUCUUGUUGGCAACCAGCUCAGCUGGGCAGACAUUCAGCUGUUAGAAGCCAUUUUGAUGGUGGAAGAACUCAGCCCUCCCGUGCUGUCUGACUUCCCUCUGCCGCAGGCAUUUAAGACAAGAAUCAGCAACAUUCCUGCAGUUAAGAAGUUUCUGCAGCCUGCGAGUCAGAGGAAGCCACCUCCAGAUGACCACUAUGUUAAGGUGGUCAGGAACGUCCUGAAGUUCUAGUGGCAGCAGGUGUUAAGGAGGCUACAGCAAGGAUCCAAUCGCAGUGUCGCCAUAGGCCAGCUACGGAGCAAUCCAGAAGCAAAGGAUGGAUCCCAGGAGUCUUCAGCUGCAGUAGAAUAUUUUUUAAGGCGUGUUAUUUUUGUUUAUGUUGCAUUUGUUUAACUCUAUGAAGCUGUGUUACUGUGCCUGUCUAAAACACCUGAUGUCUAAUAAAACUGGCCAAUAGCAAGGCAGGAGAAAGGAUAGGCGGGACUG